AUGGCUCCGAAACUUGCCGAUCCUGGUUUUUUAGGGGUUUCGAGUUCUUCUCGCUCUUUUCUUCAAGCUCUAUCUGGAUCUUCUUCUAGUAAUGGUUUUCCUAAACUUAAGGUGUCGACUUUCCGCGGCAUGCCGUCAUUGUGGAUUUCGGAUGAUGAAAUCUUGGCUUUGGCUGUGCCUUUUCAAUUUUCUCUUGUGGGUUUCUUUCCUUCAAAGAGACCUUCUCUUGAUUAUAUUAGGAAAUUUUUCUUCAAUCUCAAGCUAAACGGUGAAGUUUCGGUUACCUUGCUGGAUUCGUCCCAUAUUUUGAUCAAAUUGGAAAAUGACCUUGAUUAUUGUCGCAUUUUCUGUCAUCGAUCUUAUCUGGUGUUUAACUGCUUUAUGAAGCUCACGAAAUGGUCGCCUUCGGUUGAUAUCGGGGUUGAAUCUCCAGUGAUCCCUAUCUGGGUAUCUUUUCCCUCCUUACGGCCGCACCUAUUUGCCCCUAAAAUUCUCCACGGUCUGGCUUCCAUUUUUGGCAAACCUCUAAAGAUUGAUUCAGCCACGUCUUUGGGAUCUAGACCGUCUUUAGCUAGGGUGUUAGUUAAGCUUGAUAUCACUAAAUCCUAUCCUGAUCGCAUUUGGUUAGGUUCUGAAAAGCUUGGCUAUGUUCAGGAUGUCGUUAUGGAUGAAUUCCCUUCAUUUUGCGGUUCUUGUCGCUGUUUUGGUCAUGCGAUGGGUGAAUGUCGUUCUAAAAAUAUUGUGUUGGAAACGUCUGUUUUACCUAAAAAUGUUGAGCAUGAUGUUAAAAAAGGUGAUUUUCCUAUUUCUGUUUGUGGGGGACGGCCGAUACCUGUGGAUGGAACCUCCGGGUCUAUGGAUCCUUUGGCUGCUUUAAAUUCGUCAGAUACUUUACCCCUUUUGAAUGUGUAUAAUUUGGAAAAUGGUGUGAAUGUUGUGUCUGAUGGUCACGCUG